AUCUCCAGACCUGCACGCCCACACGCCGGCGUGAGGGUUGCCGCCACCGAGCCUUGACGCCAUACGAAGACUCCUACCGCCGCAGCUGAUCAUGUUGGAGUCGUUGGGGCGCUCCAGAGGCCAGCAGUCGUACUCGCUGUUAUCCAGAUCGUGCCAGCAGGUCGCAGGAUAAGAUGCAGGCGGACGGUGGAAGGUCUCACCCAGAUCACCAAGCGGAGCUUGAUCUUCAUAAUGGAUCGGACCCGAUUCGGAUAGAGGGCGUGAUGUGCUAUGAUGGACGGAACCGGGAUUGAGCAGGUGGAGGAGGACGCGGCAGAUUGGAUCGAAAUGGAGCGGACCGCAGGAAGGCGUCUGCAGCUCUUGGUGGUCUGCGUUCGGAAGCGGAGAUCCUAUUCACCCCCCCCCCCCUCACCCCCCCAUAACGCUUUUAAAGUGAGUCAGGGAGGUGGCAGCCCGGGCGACAUGCUAACACGCUGCCACAGCAGGGGAAGGAGCAGUGAAGGACAUUUUGGGAAAAAAUUGUCGCAAUCAACUUGAGAAGGGCCAAAGAAAAAGGGGGGACCUGCGUGGGGGGAAAAAAGAAGAGCCGCAAUUGUGGGUGUGUUCCCGGCUAUAAGUGGCCGCUCGUACCUGCUGCGUCAGCCUCACCACGCGCGUACUGCCAUCAAGUCGGCCGGGCUCUGCAAGUUGUGCUCUCUCCUCUUCAGAUGUCGCAGCAUAUUGCCUUGAACCUCUGCCUGCUGGUGCUGCCAGUGAUGUCACUGCUGCUCUUCUCUCCCAUUGGUCGGAGCGAGGAGAACGUCACGCUCAGCCCGGGCUGCCACUUGCACCCGUUCAACUUGAGCGUCCGCAGCGAUCGGCGAGGCACGUGUCGAGGCACCCACCUGGUGCACGCCUGCGUGGGCUACUGCGAGUCCAGCGCCUUCCCGUCCAGAUACUCGGUGCUGGUGGCCUCCAACUUCACCCGCAACGUCACGUCGGCGGCCCGAUGCUGCGCCAUCACCAAGGAGGCCAAGGUCAAGGUCCGGCUGGAGUGUCCCGGUGGGCGGCGCCACGACGAGUUGGAGAUCCUGACGGCCAGGGCCUGUCGCUGCGACGCGUGCCGGACGUCCCGCUACUGAACGCAGGCGACGCUUCUGCGCUCAAGAACAUGCGUCAAAUUUGGAUCCCUUCCCGCUGCCUGGAUGACAUUGAACUCGCGAGAAGAUGUUCACAUCAAAGCCUUACGGUCCAAUUUAAGUUUGGUCGAGAAUUUGUUGCACGGUUCACAAUAAGCACAAGCCACAAACAAGACGAAGGAUUGUGAAAUCAGCAAAUAUUUAUUUGUUUGACUUGAGUGAUAUUUUGUAACCAUUGGUGGAACGAACCAAUAAGUGUUUGAAAUGGCUGUACAAGAGUUUUUGCAUUUUACAUUG